AUGAGUGAGUCACAGGAAAAAGCGAAUUCUCAGCAAUUGCGAGCAGCAGCAGUAGAUGGUGUCACUGGAGCAAUCACACGAGGUCGUAAGCGACGUUCAAGACAACAUGACGUUCCUCGCAAUGACAUUCAAAUUGGACCUCUAACAACCGCCAAACCGGAACAGCUCGCUGCUCCGCAGAGGCAAUUGCAAAAUGUCUCAUACCACAAGCGCAGACGGGUUAGCUUAAUCCCGGGUACAGAAGUCGAAGAUGAGGAUGACUCAAACGACGAAUGGGAAGAAGAUGUUCAUAUGGAUACGGACGCUGUUGAAGCCGCCGUUAAGUUAAUGACGCAAGAUGCAGAGCAAAAGAAAAAAGCCGAUGACGAAGCCACUGCGGAUGAUAAAGGACCGGAAAAAGAAGAACCGAAAAAGUCGGCGGAAGAAAUCGCGGAAGAGGAAAAACAAGCUCGGGCAAGAAAGCGAGCAGUCGCUGCGAGGAAAAGAAAAAAGUUGCUACGCCGACAUGCGUUGCACCUUUUACUCUCUGUCGCGACUUUGUUCCGGUUGGAUGGUGCGGCAAACACGGAUCUGGUGUCUGGUAUGGCGCUGAGCAUGCUUCCGAAGGAUAUGUUUCUGAGAGUGGAGUCCAUAUCUGAAGAUUUGUCACGACUCGGGCUUUGGAUACGAAUGACAUUCAAGCCAACUGCCAUGAUUCAGGAUCUCAUCUACGGGGACAAAGUGUUCUCUCGGAGGCGAUUGUGCAGUGCCGCAGAACGCGCUGUUGCUUGCAUCAGUCGUGGAGCUGGCGAUGUAAUGGACAUAGCUGUGGCGAUUGCUGCUCUCGUUCGAUCCCAAGGGUUUCGCUGUCGUAUCGUCAUUCCUUUACAGCCAUUACAACACAAAUUGUCGAAAGCAACGAAAGCAAAGGGUUCUGGACCUGGAGGGGCAACGGUUGUAGAAGUAAACCCCUUCAAUGAGACUGAAGCGAUACUGUAUAGCUGGCUUGAAGUCUGGUGUCCCGCGGACAAAAGAUGGAUUCCGCUUGAUAUUCGUGAAGGGUUCUUGAGCGAGGAGAAUCCUACCGAAGUGCUCCGAAAGAGUAUAUCACGCGUGCAAUGCUUCGCAGAGCGCGUAGACUUGAAACCAGUUAAGAGGGAUGCUUUAGCCACGUCACCGGCCCGACGGAAAUCUACCCGCCGGACGUCGAAAAGGUUGCAGACAGAGCAUCUAGAUCCGGUAGAAGUACCUAGGCGAGCGCUGCAUCCGGCUUUGUUCUCUCAUGUAGUCGCGAUUGAACGAGGGGUCAUUACAGAUGUAACCUGGCGUUAUACGAGGAAUUCAACGGAAGUCUCGAAGGCGAGAGCGACUGGGAAGGUUUUCGAAAAGGUUUUGCAGCGGUUUCAAGAUGAGUGCCCGGCGGAUGCAGAUGAUGAAGCAUACAGAUUAGAGUUGGAUGAGUUUGAUGCACUGGCAGCAAAUGAGCCAGUGCCAACUACACUGACUGCCUUUGAAAAGCACCGCCGUUAUGUCCUUGAGCGUCAUAUCAAGAGAUACGAAGUCGUUCAUCCGAAGUUUCCCGUCAUUGGCCACUUCAACGAAGAACCAAUCUAUCUCAGGUCGAGAGUGCAUCUUUUACACACAAAGGAUCGAUGGAUUCGUCAGAUGCGAGAGGUCAUGGACGACGCCAAGCCCAUGAAGGUUGUUAAAUCAAAGAACGGAAGUGAUGACACGGUGGACCUGUUUGGGAAAUGGCAGACAAUGCCCCUAAUCAUUCCCGAAUGUGUCGAUGGCAAAGUGCCUCGGAAUAUGCGGGGUAACGUUGAUCUCUGGACACCAGAGCAUCUCCCCAAGGGCACUGUGCACAUUAAGUCUCCGUUUGCGAGAGGGGCCGCGCGAACACUUGGCGUGGACUUUGCGCCGGCCAUGACCGGGUUUGAGCUGAUGCGAGGGCGACCGGUUCCAAAGAUUGAAGGUAUUGUUAUUGCUGAGGAAAAUGAGGACAUGAUUCGGGACGCGGCUCGUAGCUCGGCGCAAGUGGUGCGGGAACGGCAAGCGAAAAGGGAAGAAGAAGAAGCUCGAGCAAGAGAGGAGCAGGCAGCUCGGGAAGCCAGGGCUCGCGAAAGAGUGCAGAGACGCUACGGAGGUAAGGGUUAAGAGAGAGCAAGAGUCACUCAGCAGGUAAAGAUGAAAGUGAACGCGAUAGCGUGAAGGAAUAGGUGAGCGAGUGGUAUGGAUUCCUUGUAACAAGUGUGUGGAGUAAUGUGGUGUAGUGAGGAAUGCGAAGGGUGAGGAUGUGUGAGAAUAGUGAAGGCGCGUUCGAAUGAGGCGCUCUUGUCGAGUAUUAGCAAAAGGUGGGCAAUAAAUCGAUGAACUCAA